CUUUAUCUAUAUGAUUUAUCAUAUUAAUUAUUUAAUAAAAAUUAAUUAAAUUACAAAAAUUAAUAAUCCAAUUUCCCGGGAAGACGAAGUGUCGGAGGCGAGCCGAUUCUCUAAAUAUCAGUCGCGGCCAGCGUAUCUCAUCUUGUUGAUUCGUCUUCUCAUUCUCCUCUCAUUCUCUUCCUCUCGCCUUGUUUGGAGAAUCAGCUGGAGAUUUCAAGAACUAUAAUCAGUGGGAGCACUCCUAUCUAGCACUGCGAUUUCGACUAAGUCAACGACGAUGUUGAGAGAGUCGAAGGAAUCGAGUAGAGAUUCUUGAGCGACUUCCGCCCAAGAUCAACACUCAUAUCUUCUCUUUAGGGGUGUCAGUCGGUCGGUUUGGUUUUAACCAAAAACUGAAUUCUCGAUUAUCGGUUAAACCGAGCCACCACCCCCUGCUUCCGACCACCGACCGUGAGAGACACUACGGCUAACCGACCACCGACCGUUCGGUUAUCGGUUUUGGGUCGGUUAGUCGCGUACCCGAAAAAUACUCCCUUCUCUUCAAAAAAUUCAUUAAAAAUUAUUAUAAAAAAACACGAAAAUCCCCCAUCACUAAAACCUUAUCUCCUUCCUCCUUCUCUCUCCUUCCUUUCUCCAUUCAAACCCACCAGGCUACCACUCCUUCCUUCUUCCAUUUCAGAUCUGGACAGCACACGGAGAAGCAGAGGCACAACGGCGGCGAGUGGAGGUGGAUGUCAGGCCGGUGCGGUUGGAGAUUCGAGGAAGAGAAGCAGGAGAGAGCGCAUGCGAACGGCGGAGCGAAGGGUCGGGGUCGUCGCCGGGGUCGUAGGGUGGAGAUGCAGAGGUCGACGGGGGGCGAGAUGAAGUUGUUGCUGGGCUGGUGGCCUACUCCGCGACGGGAAGGAGGCGUAGGCGGAGGCGUACGACGCGACGCUUACCGCGAUGGGAAGGAGGCGGAGGGCGAGGUGCAGGGAGAGGCGAGGCGGCAGAGGCGAGGUGGAUGGUGACGUGGCGGCGGAGGCGAGGUGGAUGAAGGGGGGAUAGUUUUGUUGAGUUCGCAAUUUAGGGUUCGAUGAGGAGAGUGGAGGUGGAGGUGAUGGACAAAAUUUUAGGGAAGGUUAAGUGGGUCUCGGUUGGGGCCGGUUAGUCGCAUAAUCGCGGUUAAUCACCGUCGGUUACUCGGUCAACCGACCACUUCCUUUUCCCAGCUGACCACAGACCGCCAAGGUAACUGGACGAUUUUCGGUUAGCUGGUAACCGGCUGGUUUCGGUUACAACCGACGGUUACUUGCUAACCGACAACCAAAAUGCCAGCCCUACUUCUCUUCCUCUACCGAAAGGAAAAUUGGAUAAUUAAUUUUUAUAAAAUAAUUAAUAUGAUAAAUCGUAUAGAAAAAGUAGGCGGAAGGAUGAGUGGAAAAAUAAAUUUAUUUUUGGUUUUUUUAAAUUCCACAUCAUCUAGUUAACAGUCUCACUUUUUAGUUGACUGCCACGUAGGGAAAAUUUAACAGAGUGUAACGACCGAUGACCAACGGUUAAACAAUUUGUAAAGUUAGUGGCGAAUAAAAAAAACAAUUUGAAUGACAAAUGUGAAAAUUUUGUAUAGUUUGAGUCAACAAAAAUAUAAUUUAGCCACUAAUUUCCGUUUCCCAAAAGUCCCUCCAACUCCUCCGUCAUCCGCAAGUCGAAAACCGCCAACCUUUGUUUGCUCAUUUUGCAGGUGAAGUUUCAAUUGCAAAAUAAUCAUUUGGUGGCGACUUUGUCAUGUCCACUAGAUGGCCUUUUGAUGAGAUUUGAUGGAGCACUGUUGCGAAAUAGGGGAGGCAACAUUGGCAUUGUGGUGUUGCUGUUGCUGAACCGGUUUUUGGAAUGCUACCAUUGAGUCGUGCUUCUCGAGCGAAAGAAGCUGGCGCCAUACUUUUCCUGAAGUUUGUAUCCUUUUGAUGAUUUGAUUGUUUUUAUCAUUUUUUUCUUAGGAACUAAUAGAGCUGUUCAUUUCGUGACAAAAAAGGCUCUUUCAUCGACAAUUCAAUUAGUAUUGACUGUCGCUUUUAUUUUUCAAUCUUUGUAAUAAACUAUCUUACUAUUCUAUCUAUGGCAAACAAAAAAAAGCAGACUCUUCUCUGCUAUGUCAAUCGUGUGCAAUUUGUUUGGUUGCCUUUGUAUAGUAGGUCCUUUUUUCUAUUAGUAUGGGAAAUCUUCUAAUUAUUAAAAGCCCAAGCAACAAUCAUUGUUGCUUACGAAAAAACCGGGCCGUAUAAGCAAAUUGCUCCAGCGGCACUGUUCAAGUUUUUAUCGCCAACUUUCAUUUUCACCAUAAGCUCAUUUUUAUGUUGUAUUAGAACUACUAUACCACACAUAAGGAUUUACGUAACAAUGUUCUAUAAGAGUUACGUACAUUACAAAUACAUUAUGUAAAUCAUAUAGUGGGAUGGUUAUUUUUUAAUUAUCAAUUGAAAACAAACGUGUUGUAUAACUUUUCUAAGGUUAGCUAUUUCUAACAUAAAAUUCUAACCGAAUAUGAUACUUUCCGUUUGAUUUUAUUAUUAGACCCCACAUAAAAAUUUACAUAACAAUUUUCUAUAAUAGUUAGUGUACAUUACAAAUACAUUAUAUAAACCUUACAAUGAGAUAACUACUUCUUAAUUAUCAAUUGAAGACAACGUAAGGGAUUAUUUGUUAUUAUGUAUCAAUUGAACGUAAGUUUUUCAUAUUAUUAUUAACUAGAUUGUUAACCAUUUCAUCCAUUUGCAUUACACGAAAGUUAUGUAAGGUAAGUUAUUUUUUACAUAACCGCUUAAUCAAAUCUUACAUUUUUCAUAGCUUAAUUUUUUAUUAUUAGUUAUAGUUCCUUCACUAUUGACUAAAACAUUCACCAUGUCAUCACUUUAUAUUACAAAAUGAUUUUGCAAUGUUAAUUAAUUUUUACAUAACAG